UACCCUCCCUCCCGCCCCAAAUUCCCGCCAAUCUCUCCCCGCUCCCCUCUCGAGCCGAACCCCAAAUCUCUCUCUCCUCUCUCUCUCUCUCUAGCAGCGGCGGCGGCGGCGGCGAGGCGAGGAAGAUGCUGUGGGUGGACAAGUACAGGCCGAAAACCCUAGACAAGGUCACCGUCCAUGACCAGGUCGCGCAAAACCUCAAGAAGCUGGUGGCGGAGCAGGAUUGCCCGCACCUGCUCUUCUAUGGGCCGUCGGGGUCCGGGAAGAAAACCCUAGUCAUGGCCCUCAUCAAGCAGAUGUUCGGCGCAGGCGCGGAUAAGGUGAAGAUGGAGAACAAGACAUGGAAGAUCGAUACUGGGUCGAGGAAUAUUGAGAUAGAACUGGCAAUGUUGUCGAGCGCCCACCAUGUGGAGAUGAACCCCAGCGAUGCUGGGUUUCAGGACAGGUAUGUUGUUCAGGAAGUCAUUAAAGAGAUGGCGAAGAAUAGGCCAAUUGAUGCCAAGGGCAAGAGAGCAUUUAAAGUCCUUGUCCUUAAUGAAGUCGACAAGCUCUCACGAGAAGCCCAGCAUUCCCUUCGUAGGACAAUGGAGAAGUACAGUGCAUCAUGCAGGCUGAUAUUGUGCUGUAAUAGCUCAUCAAAGGUGACAGAGGCUGUAAGGUCUCGUUGCUUGAACGUGCGAGUGAAUGCACCCAGUGAAGACCAGAUCGUCCAAGUUCUGGAGUUCAUUGGGAAGAAAGAAAAUCUGCAGCUUCCAUUUGGAUUUGCUGCUAGGAUAGCAGCACAAUCGAACCGUAACCUGAGACGAGCGAUACUGUUUUUUGAGACCUGCAAAGUCCAGCAAUACCCAUUUACAUCAAAUCAAGUAGCACCUCCUCUUGACUGGGAGCAAUAUGUGUCAGAAAUAGCAGCUGAUAUCAUGAAAGAACAAAGCCCUAAAAGGCUAUUUGCUGUGCGCCAGAAGUUCUACGAAUUACUUGUGAAUUGUAUCCCACCUGAAAGCAUCUUAAAGAAGUUGUUGGCGGAGUUACUGAAGAAAUUAGACUCUGACUUGAAACAUGAAAUUUGUCACUGGGCUGCACACUAUGAACACAAGAUGCGUCUUGGGUCCAAGGCCAUUUUUCACCUAGAAGCUUUCGUCGCCAAGUUCAUGAGCAUCUACAAGGAAUUUCUUGUCUCUACAUUUGGCUGAGCAUCUACAAGGAAGCUGCUGCAUGUCCAUUUCCGGCAACACAAGGAUGUUGGGAAACUCUCCAUGCUAGCCAUCUUGGCCAAUGUAAUCGGUUCGAUCAACGCAACGGGAUCAAGUUUGUAGCAGGUUUAUGUGAGUGACAUUGAGCUGGCCUUUUGUGUUUGUGCAUCUGCUCGUUUCCGCAAGAUCUGACGCAACUACUCGAAAGCCAAAAACAUGCUUAAAUGAUUCGGUCGAAA